AUGUGCUGCACCAGGCCCCUCAUGUUUCAGUCGCUACGAUAUUUGAAGGAACGUAUACGAACUUAUAUGAACCUUAAAAACUGCAACGCAACUACGUUUACACAUAAUGUCCGUCAUCGGCUGUUAGGCGGAAUUCCUCACGGAUUCCUUUUUACCGCUCGUAGUCAGGCGCUGCCACGGUCAAGAAGCCCAUCCCACGCAAGAUUGGUCAAAAUUUCGGGACGCUUGCCGGUCCGGCAUCAAGCCGAGAUCUGGUUGGUCGGAAGUCUGGACCCAACAGCCAAUCAUGACUCAGUAGUGGCGGAAUGCCGGUUGCCAAUGGUGCAUCCUGAAGGCGUCAGAAUUUCCAAAAUGUCGCCGCACAUACCAGAAUUUGUAGCUGUAAUAAGCAAAAUAUGUGAGGCAGAAGACAAAGGCUGCGGAUCGUCAGUAAAUGUGUUUCUAACUAACUCAACUGACGGAUGCUCAUCCCGAUGUACACAUAUCGUGAGCCGAUCGGUGUCAUUCAAUAUAUCAGAUUCUUUGGCAGUGUUCCUGUACAGCAAAACCGGGAUCCACAUCAAAGAGGGAGAGCAGUGGACUCGAGUUUCGCCCUUAUUAGAGCUCCUCAGUAGUACAUAUUCUUUGGUGUUCCGGGGCUUGAACUCCGCAUAUGUGACGUGCGAUGCGAGUUUGUCACCACUGCUCCACCAGCACAAACAGAAGGCGUCUGAAUUAUUACUUUUGAACAGAUGA